AUGUUUCAUUAUUUUUACAAAGUAUAUAUUUUUACCAUAAUAAUAUGUGCAUCAAAUCUAUUUAAUAACGAUGGAGUAGAAAUUGGAACAUACAAAUUAUCAUACCAUAAUGGAGGGAGACAAUUCAGAAUGUUAGCACAAAAAAACGAAAAUGAAAAAUCAAACGGAAAUACCUUAAAGAAUACAUUGUUAAAAGAUGAAAACAAAAAAGGUAGUAAAACAAAAAAACUUGAUCCUCAAAUUACAUCACUAGUUAAUUUAGUAGAUAAUAUGGAUAUAAAUGAAGAACAAAAAGAUAAAAUCAAAACUCUCACAUUAGAAUAUAUAAAUAGUGACGAUAUAAAAAAAAAAAAUAAAUCAAUUAAUGAACUUAAAAAAUACAGUAAUAACGAAGAAUGUAAAGAGCAUAUGAAUAAUUAUUUAAUGCAUCUUCGUAUGCAAAAUGAGAUAAAAUAUUUAAAAAGAAAAAAUUUUUGGAAUAAUAUUUGGAUUGUUGUAAUAACCUUAUUAUCAAUCAUUCUAUUGAUUGCAGCUAUGGCUAUGAAUACAUUCCCAGGAUUUUCUGCUUUUCUUGUAACAUUUGUUCUUUCAAAUCUUAUGAUCUAUAUGUUUGCUCGUUUUUAUCCUGAAAUUAAAGUGCAAUUUAAAAAAUUUAAAGAAACUUGUACAAAUUUGUUCAAAAAAAAAAGCAAAUAA